AUGAAUAUCGAGUAAAUUUUGGAGAAGCAAGAAAAUGCAAUCAUCGAAAGUGGGUCUCUGUUGCUCCCCGCCUUUUCCUUCUGGUAACAAACUAAGCAUGAUUUGGAGCACUACUUCUAUCUCACCAGGAGUCUCACGUCUCUCUGUCACAGUCCAUUCAAAAAAGACAUGACCAUAAUUACACAAUUAUGCGAACGGACUUGUGAUAAGGACAAGCAACUAACUCACAUCUACGAUUUUGUGGAUGUGGAAACUAUGCAUAAACAACUCGAAUUCGAAUCAGUUUGCUCCUACAAAUAUUUCAGAAAUCAUCAAACCACAUUUAGAGUUGGAACACAUUAGGAUAUAUUUGAUAAUCUGGUAAGUGAUGUGUGUGGAUAUGGUAGUUCUUCCAAAAAUUCAACAAUGCCACCCUCAUCUUUGAAGACGGACAUGACUUACCCCUCAAAUUAGAGAAGGCAAUGAGUGCCUCAUUUAGUUCUCAUACCAUAUCCUAAAUGAUCAAAGCACUCUUUAGUCCUUAAAAAACCACACCAAAGUGGGAUUAACAAAUGAAUAGCAAACUAAAAUUACUCACUAAAUAAUUUCAGCCCAACAAUAACUUUCAAGUUUGUACUCUUACUCAAUAAUAAUAUGACAUUUUAAUGCCAAUCCUAGCAUUCGGAAACAGAAUAGUCUAAUACACAUAAGUAACCCAUUUGUUUACUAUUAGACUCUCAACAAUCAAAAGGAUGAAUUUAUAAUUGAAUCCAAUAAGAUUGCCUCCUUAGUAACGCAAUGCACCCAAAAAAUCCCAGAUUCACAAUUCUUUUCUUAGUUAUAACAAUACUUUGUUAAAUCCACUGGGACUUUUAAACAAUCCAAAUAUCCUUGCAUUGAUUCUUCAAAUUAUGAGUAAUACUUGGAUGACAUUUUCAAUCUACCCUAAAGACAUCUAUUCCAACAAUGGUACAUUUUUAUCAAAUAAACAUUUGAAUUAUAAGACUCAAAUGAACAUGAAUUAAUAAGCUAACAAUAACAAUUCAACAAUUAAGUACUUGUUUCAACCAAUGACAAAGUAUCAGUGGAUAAAUCCAUCUAAGCUACAGAACAACAGAAUUACAGAGAUUACAAAUUAGUGCUAUUCAUAGAUGCUAUUUAAAACUCAUACAACUUGAAUCUCUUAUGUUUGAGUCCUUUAUGUGGUAUGAACAAGUUGUUAAGCAAUGGCGUUUAGAAUAUUGUUAUUAUCACUUAACACUCGUAUCCCGCUAAAUUGUAUAAGACUGAAUUUAACAUCAAUUUCUAAUUUUACCCUUAAAUCCCAGUUCAGGAAUUGAAAAUCAAUCAAACACUCAUCAGCAAAGUCCAAAAUUACAACAUUGACUAUUUAAAUAAAACUGAAUAAAAUUUCGAUGCUAUGGUACUUGAGAUCGGUAAAUAGUUUUAAUAAGUCAAUUAUCAAAUAAAUGAUCAUGGAUUCAUUACUCUAUUUUCUUCUAAAUCCUUUAUGCAAAAAUGCUAGGAUAUUUGGAGUCAACAUUCCAUACUCUCAUCCCUCGGUGUAAAUAAAGAAUUCCAAUGGAUCAAAUAUUAGAAUGUAUUUCUUAUUAAUACUUUAUAGAGGAAAAGCAUCUACGAGAUCAUUCGUCUCUUUCUAACCAAAUGUAGAUCCAACACAAUAGUUGGCGAUACAAUGCCUUCCAUUUAUACAGUGUUUAACGAUUUAUUUUUGGAUCAAUUGCAGGAAGCCAUCUAAAAAUAAUUAGAUUAUCAACUCAAACAUCCUUAAACGCUGAAAAAUUAAACUCAAAUAACAGUGUUUUUAUUGGGAGUACCCUGGGCGAGUUAAUUUAUGUACUAUUAGGAGAAUGGACAUGAAUCAUUGCCUUAAGUGCAAUUAAACUUAAAAUUAGAAUGGUUAAAGAAUUUAAAAAAUAAUGUAAUAAAUUCAAACAUUAAAAGUAUGAUAGGAAAUAUUUUAGUAUGGUAAAUGCAAUCAGAAAUAUCUCAAGAUUACAACACAUACUUGAUCCCUUGUGUCCCUGUAAUUUGAUCGUCUUGGAUGAAAAAUUCCAAUAGAAAUUAUUGUGGAAGGAUCAGAACUUUCCCAAUGUUUUAAGUUUCCCCGAUGUUAUCAACGAAUUAAAGAAAGUAAAUAAAUGAGUGAUAUUCCUUAGUAAGUUUCAGCUUUAGUAAGAUCAGAGAACUUAAAUGAGAAUCGAAAAGACACUUAAAAAGUUGAGAGCAAAAAAUGUUAAACCUUCAAGCUUCACUUCAAAUAGCCAGUUCAAAUCCAAACGUCUAAGAGGAAAAUAAUGUUAAAUAAAACCUUGUUAGGAGACUUAUACAACCCGUAAAAGAAAUCUCUUCCAGUCGAAUAACAGUGUGAAAAGAUUACAAUUGAGUAAUUGAUUGGGUAGACUGAAUCCAAGGAUGUGAAUAAAAGUGAUAAUCAAGUUGAAGUGGAGGAAUUGAAAUGUGUCAUCUGUUGGUCAAAUACUCCAGACAAAACUAUGUGUAAAUCUGAGAAAUGCGGUCAUGUGGCCUGCUAGGACUGUUGGAAAUAAUGGCUAUAGACAAAAUUGGAGUGUCCCUUAUGCAGAGCCAGAGUCAGAGAAAAGUUUCUAAUAGUAAUUUGA